GAGGAGACUGAAGGCUGCAGCUGGAAAACUAAUGUCUUUCAGGUUUGGACUUUAGAGCCUUAGGUUGUUGGGGUGGAGGUAUAGACCCUGCCGGAGACAAAGUAGAGACACAAACUAAUGAAGGAAGCCGAAGACCACAACGCGACGAAGGUCUGCAGCUGCUGCGAUCCCAGCGUGGGAAGUGACGUGCGCAAGUUUCAGAUCCCAAUUUGUGCAUAUGCAAUGAAGCCCCUGAUUCUUUAAAAUAUGCCACAGCAGUUAAAGAUGGAAGAGAAGCCGUGUAGUGCGGCGCUGUCGGUCCAACCCUCCAGAGGACUUGUGGAUGAGAAGUUUGUUGUGCUGGUCCAGAACACCGUCCCUAGUUGCCCAUUGACCAUCCACGCCUCCCACCAGUGUGAAGAUGGACACAGCUGGCAUGCGUUCGCCCACUACACUUCUGAUGCCAGCGGGGUUGUAAACGUUUCAGAAGAUUGCAGUGUGGGUGGGACGUAUUCAGGGGUUGAAGCCAUGGGUUUGUUAUGGAGCCUCAAACCAGUUCCAGGCAGCAAACCGGGUCUUAGGAUGAGAAAAAAGAACGUCCAGGUCCCCAUGGUGAUCACAAUCUCUGUUUACAAGGGUCACCUGACAGAGGGUUUUGGGGAUCAGGUGCCACUGGCCAGCACAGAGGUGGAGCGCUGGUACAUGGCGCCUGGUGUCCGAAGGAUCGCAGUCACAGAGGAUGGACUCACUGCAACCCUGUUCCUGCCUUCAGGACCUGGACCUUUUCCUGGUCUUCUGGACCUGUGGGGUGGCGGAGGACAGUUUGCGGAGUACCGUGCAGCUUUGCUGGCCUCACAUGGGAUUGCUGCAAUGGCACUUGAUUACCUGACAUGUAAAUACACUAUGGAAACAGGGAAGAUGGUGGAGCAGGACUACUUCGAGGUAAAUUUAAAGGAAUAAUAUAGAUUUCACACC